UCAGAUCCCAACAAACAAAACUUGAUUAGACAGCAGCUGGUGUUGUUGUUGCAUGCACACAAGUGCCAGCGAAGAGACCAGGAGAUGUUAAGCCUCAACAAAACAUUGACGCCAUGCCAGAUGCCUCACUGUCAAACUAUGAAGCAUGUCCUGAAACACAUGGGCGAGUGCCAGAAGGGAAAGGCUUGCAAGGUGCCACACUGUGCAUCCUCUAGGCAGAUCAUUACACAUUACAAAAACUGCCCACGUAGUGAUUGCACUGUUUGCCUGCCAAUCAAAAAU